AUGAAGAUGAAGACUCCUCCAGACAGGUCAGGAAUCACCUUUGAGGUCGGAGCUCAGCUAGAGGCCCGAGACCGCCACAAGAACUGGUACCCGGCCACGAUCGAGAAGAUCGACUACGACAAAGAGCGGAUCCAUGUUCACUACCGCCAGUGGAGCCGUCGACACAACGAAUGGUUUCAUUGGACGUCGCCGUACAUCCGUCCGCUGGAGAGAGUCAGCCUGAGGAGGCAGGGCCUGAGCCCUCCGUGUUCACAGCCGAUGUUUGUCUCGGGAGCGAAGGUUCUGGCCUGUUGGACCGACUGUCGUUUCUACCCGGCCAAAAUCCUCCGAGUCAACAAAGACGAGUCCUACACAGUGCGUUUCUAUGACGGCGUGGUUCUGACUGUGAAGCCCACGAAGGUGAAACCAUUCCAGGAAAAGUCCAGAUCUGAGAAGAGUGCAGUGGGAAGCGAGGGAUGGGAGGAAGGAGAGAGCGAGGAGGAGGAGGAGGAUGAGGGAGAGGAGGAGGAGGAAGAGGAGGAGAUUAAGGAGGAGGAAACGGAGGAGAAGGUGACAUCAGGGGAGAUGGAAGGAGCUGAGGAAGGAGAGGAGGAGAGGAAGAGGAGGGCAGAACCUUCAUCCUCUCAUCCACCAGCAAAGAAGAAGACAGACAGUAGAAGCAGCGGAGCUCACAAUCAGCCAAUCACAGCUGACUGCGCCCAGCCAGCUCCUGCUGACUCCGCCCACAUGGACAAGGACCUGUUGGAGCGUCAGGCUCACCUUCCCACCACACACAGAUUCAGCAGAGAGCCUCUCUACAGGGUGAUAAAGAACCAGCCUCCUCCCAUCCUCUCCAUCGAGUUGGACCACAACCCCUUCAAGUGCCCCGGCGUCGGCUGCACCAAGUCCUUCAGGAAGGCCAGUCUGCUGCACUACCACAUGAAGUACUACCACUCCGAGCAGCUGCUGGACGAGGAGCUGGAGGCGCCGAGGAGGAACAGGUCGUCCUCUAAAGGGAGCGACUUCCUGUCAGACUGCAAGAGUGAGGACCAGAACACCUAUCACCAUGACGACAGAGAGCACGGCGCCAUGGACACGGAUGUGAAAACAGGAGACCAGGACAGAAAGGAGAGGAAGAACUUCCUGAGAGUCAAACUGAAGAAGAAGAAAAAGAAGAAGAAGAAGAAGAGAAGUCAGCCAGGACUCGGCAGCAGCGACGACGAGAACUCCGACCGACCUCCGAUCACGCUGAAGCUGUCGUCUGAACACGAACACGCGUACACACAACCCGACGACGGCAGCGACUGGUCGACGCUCACGGCGGAGAGCGGGGAGGACACGCCCUCCUGGCCCGUCGCUAUGGAUACGGAGGAUUGUGAGGUGGUGAGGUGUGUGUGCGAAGUGGACGAGGAGAACGACUUCAUGAUCCAGUGUGAGUCGUGUCUGUGCUGGCAGCAUGGAACCUGUAUGGGUCUCUACGAAGACAACGUCCCACACAACUACACCUGCUACUACUGCAGACACACUGCAGGUGAGGACGUUGGGCCCCAGCGGUUCCUGUCAGAACCUGAUUUGCUGAUAUCCGGUCACAUGUUUGGCCUUUCCUGCGUGAAGGAGAACUACUCGGAGAUCAACGCCUCCACGAUCUCACACACCAACAGUCUGCUGGCGCACACGCAUGGCCUCAAUCAGGUCCUCAGCGGGCUGCAGCUGAAGAUCAGCCUGUUGCACUCUCCGUCACAUCCCGACCUGCAGCUGUGGAGGUUGCCGUGGAGACGAGAGGAGGGGUCGAGGUUGGCGUCCAGCCCGAGAGGAGAGACGCCCGUCUGCUACGUCAGCAGCGAGCACUGCUACCAGAAGCCCGGUGCAUCAUGGGAAAAAGCAGAGGAGAGGGAAAAGGACAGGCAGACGGCUGCAGUGAAGCAGGAGGACGACACGGAGCUCCGGGAACUAAAGCCUGAAUAUGUCGACCAGCAACCGGCUGAUGACGCCACGACGGAUGCGUACGCUGUGGGGCACACACACAUGCUGGGUAUAAAGCAAAGAGAGGACCACACGCACACGGACAGCCGCGAACACGCACACACGCGCCCGGCGUCUGAGGCCGAGUGUCAGCUGAACCUGCUGGAGCACGUCGAGUCUCUGCACCACCAGAUCAGCGCCAGGAUGGACAUGAUAGAGCGGGAGCUGGACGUUUUAGAGUCCUGGUUGGACCACUCCGGCGAGCUGGAGCCUCCGGACCCUUUGUCCCGCCUCCCGCAGCUCAAGCAGCGAAUCCGGCGGCUGCUGCGUGACCUCUGCACUGUGAGACACCUGUCUGUCUGGCGCUGACACUUCUCACUCCAAGAAAACUCUUGACCUUUUGACCCCUGCAAGCGUCUGCCAGCCAGACAGACAGACUGGUGGAGAGCGAGUCGUAGAGCGAGUCGACACUCUGUCCGCAGAGAGGAAAGCGGUGGUUUGAUUCCCCAGGACGGCGCCCCCCUCAGGUGGAGAAGAGCUGAUGUUUUUAUAUAACGGGACCCAACAGGUUAGAUUUCACAAAGGUACCAGAACAUUACCUUCAUCCACGAGGCCGUGACGGGCUGGGUUAUUGAUUUGGAUUUGUUUUUGACGUUUGUUUUGAAGACUCCAGGUAGAAGAUUUCCACAGUGAUGCUUUUAUAAGUUUCUCAAGAAAAAGAGGUUUUGUAAUUGAACUGUGUCCAUUUUUAAGAAGUAAAGAAAGACAUUUUACGGUCUGGUCACAGAAGAAGAAUUCAUUCGUGAACCUUUUUGUAAAAAGCUUGAUGACCACUAACACGAGUUCAACAUCUCUCUGUUUGACUUUUUGUUCAUUUCACUCGACACUAGUUCUCUCACUUCCUGUUAACGAGCAUCAACUGUCCGUUAGGUUUGCAUCGUUUAUUUAAGAGACAUAUUUGUAACAUCGACGUCACACCUACAGAGGAGGUUCAAUAAAGCUACACAGCGCUGCACGGCUAAUUAACCACGUUAGCUUCUCUUCAUUUUUGGUAUCUUCGGUCUAGCAAAGGUCAGAGAGUCUCAAAGAUUUACGAUCCGAUUCCUUUUGAACUGAUAGAUUUUGCAGCAGGUUUAAUUGCUCGUUACAAAGGGAAAAAAAUGAAAAGCUGAAACUCCAACCUGAUGUUAAAGGAAAGCUUAGAAACAAAACAACUUCUGAAAGAUGCUCAGCGUGUCAUGAAAACACAUUUUAGGCUUUUGGUGUCAUUUUAACAACAUAACAUAAUUAUUAUUAAAAACCUGAUCUCCUGGUUGACCGUGUUUGUUUAUACCUCCCACCAUAAAUAGUUUUUUUUCUAUUUAAUACUACGUCACAGCUCUUAAUGUAGCAUAUUCACACGUGUUUACAUGAAGUCAGUUCAGACUUUAUGGCUCAAAAUGACACAAAAAAAGCAAGAAUGGAGUUAUUAUUGCCGUUAAUCGCUUACAAAUAGUUUUGCCUAUAUAUGUAUAUACACAUAUAUGUAUAUAACCAUUUCAAUUCAACAAGUUCUUUAUAAAAGACGUUACGGGUUUCAUCUUUUAGUUGCUCCUGACUUCACAUCUUUAUUUCUUUUCUCUUUUGAUUUCUCUUUAUCAGGUUUUGUUUUAGAUGAGUUCUUCUACUUCUUUAGAUUUAUGUUCAUUUGUUUAUGCAAAAUGUCUCUUUCUGACUGUACAAAGAAAAACAACAUUUUAAUGAGCAUAAACGUUCAUUCUCGACCUUCUUGGGAACUUUAAAUGUAACAAACUAACUUCAGCUCACAGGUUCAUUUUGUGUCGUGGAGUUAAUCUAAACACUUGUGAUGAACUCUGAAGAUGUUUUCAUCCCUGUAUGUACAAAUACAUCAUUACAGAUGAAGAGUGCUGCUUUUGCUCGUAUUUCUUAUUGAGGCCAGUCAAACUAAGCAGCAACGCUUUCAUCUGUUGUGACGCAAAAGUGUAAAUAUGUCAAAGUAAAUGUUUCAUACACUUGUAAAGGAAACUAACUGUAUAAAGCUGUAGAUUUAUUUUCAUAGACAGAUCGGUUAUGAAUCAGGUUGGUUAACUUUUAGGAUCCUGGCAGUGUUUGGUAGAAGAACGCAGAGCUUCUGUUUACUGUUGUACGAUUAAUGUGCCGUUUGUUGUCCAGUUCAGUUCACUGCAGCUCUAGACGGUGCGUUCAGGCGCUCCUCCACAACUCGGACAAAUCACAUUUGCCUGGCUCACCUCGUUUCAACCCACAGUGGCGUCGUGUUCAUUUAGUAUUUCCACCUAAAUGACCUGUUCAUGUGAUUGUGAGCUUUUUUUCCCCCGAGUUGACGAGGACGACCCUGAACGCAACACGAGUUCACGUCAAGUCAAAAGUCGAUGUUUUAUUUUUAUUUAAAGCAUGAAGAAAAACUUUGAUUAAAAUGACGAGGUUCCCGUCUGUGUGGAUUCUGUGUCACGCUUCAGAACGCUCUCACUAGCUGCCAACCAAACUCUGUGCAAAUGUUUUGAAUAUUAAAAGAUA